AGCAGGGUGUGGCCAGUAGUCCAGAUGGUCAGUCUCUGGUGGCCAGCCCAUCCAGAGAGCGGAGAGUUAAAUCCCCACUCCCCACCGUGCUGGCUGGCUGGGUGAGCUGAGGGUGGGGAGCACCGAGAGACCACAACCCGCUGGCUGGUGCUCAGCGCUCAGAGCCGCGUAGGGAGGUUCCGCGGCUCCUCCGCUGUCAGCACCCGCCGCCCCUCCCGGCUUCACUUCCUCCCGCAGCCCCUGCCACACAGAGGCUCCGGGAUCUCAGCGGCCCGCAGUCGGCGGCCGCCACGCCCUGGCCUCAGCCUGCGAGGCCCCAGCCAGGCUGACCUCGACCCAGGGCCGGGAAGAAGGGACCCUUGACAUCUCUAUCCACAGAGAUUCCAGAGCUGGACUGAGCAGCCUCCUCCCCUUAGAAUGACCUCACCCUCCAACCCUCCAGCUUUCAGGCUGGAAACAUCAGAUGGAGAUCAAGAAGAUGGAACUGAGGUGGACAAAGGAAAACUGGGCUUUGGGGGAGGGCCACCCCCCAUGGAGUCACCGUUCCAGGGCGAGGACCGGAAUUUCUCCCCUGAGAUCAGAGUGAAUCUCAACUACAGAGGGAGAGCAGGUCCCAGCCAGCCGGACCCAACCCGCUUUGACCGAGACCGGCUCUUCAGAGUGGUCUCCCGGGGUGUUCCUGAGGAUCUGGCUGGACUACCAGAGUACCUGUGCCGGACAAGCAAGUACCUCACCGACUCGGAGUACACAGAGUGCUCCACAGGGAAGACGUGCCUGAUGAAGGCCAUAUUGAAUCUUCGAGAUGGGGUCAACGCCUGCAUCCUGCCACUGCUGCAGAUCGACCGAGACUCUGGCAAUCCUCGGCCCCUGGUCAAUGCCCAGUGUACGGAUGAGUACUACCGAGGGCACAGCGCCCUGCACAUUGCCAUCGAGAAAAGGAGCCUACAGUGUGUGAAGCUUCUGGUGGAGAAUGGGGCUGAUGUACAUGCCAGGGCCUGUGGCAGCUUCUUCCAGAAGAGUAAAGGGACUAGUUUCUAUUUUGGCGAGCUGCCCCUUUCUCUGGCCGUGUGCACCAAGCAGUGGGAUGUGGUGAACUACCUCCUAGAGAACCCGCACCAGCCCGCCAACCUGCAGGCUGUCGACUCCCAGGGCAACACGGCCCUGCACGCCCUGGUGAAGAUAGCGGACAACUCGGCAGAGAACAGUGCACUGGUGAUCCACAUGUAUGAUAGGCUCCUCCAAGUUGGAGCCUGCCUCUGUCCCUCCGUGCAGCUUGAGGACAUCGCAAAUCUACAGGGUCUCACGCCUCUGAAGCUGGCCGCCAAGGAGGGCAAAAUUGAGAUUUUCAGGCACAUCCUGCAGCGGGAGUUCUCGGGACCAUGCCAGCCCCUUUCCCGAAAGUUCACUGAGUGGUGCUAUGGGCCUGUCCGGGUGUCGCUGUACGACCUGGCUUCUGUGGACAGCUGGGAGGAGAACUCGGUGCUGGAGAUCAUCGCCUUUCACUGUAGGAGCCCGCACCGACACCGAAUGGUGGUUUUGGAGCCCCUGAACAAACUGCUGCAGGCGAAAUGGGAUCUGCUCAUCCCCAGGUUCUUCUUCAACUUCCUGUGCUAUCUGAUCUACAUGUUCAUCUUCACUGCUGUUGCGUACCACCAGCCUGCCCUGGAGAAGCAGGCCGUCCUCCCUCUGAAAGCAACGGCUGGAAACUCCAUGCUGCUGCUGGGCCACAUCUUGAUCCUGCUAGGGGGAAUCUACCUCCUCUCGGGCCAGCUGUGGUACUUUUGGCGCCGCCGUCUGUUCAUCUGGAUGUCAUUCAUGGACGGCUACUUUGAAAUCCUCUUCCUAGUCCAGGCGCUGCUCACAGUGCUGUCCCAGGUGCUGUGUUUCCUGGCUAUUGAGUGGUACUUGCCCCUGCUUGCGUCGUCCCUGGUGCUGGGCUGGCUGAACCUGCUAUACUAUACACGUGGCUUCCAACACACGGGCAUCUACAGCGUCAUGAUCCAGAAGGUCAUCCUGCGAGACCUGCUGCGCUUCCUUCUGGUCUACUUAGUCUUCCUUUUCGGCUUCGCCGUAGCCCUGGUGAGCCUAAGCCGGGAAGCCUGGGUCCCCGAAGCACCCACAGGCCCCAAUGCCACGGAGUCGGUGCGGCCAGGGGUGGACCACGAGGAGGAAGCGGGCAGCACGCCCCCAUACCGGGGCAUCCUGGACGCCUCCUUGGAGCUCUUCAAGUUCACCAUCGGCAUGGGCGAGCUGGCCUUCCAGGAGCAGCUGCGCUUCCGCGGGGUGGUGCUGCUGCUACUGCUGGCCUAUGUGCUACUCACCUACAUCCUACUGCUGAACAUGCUCAUUGCCCUCAUGAGCGAGACUGUCAACAGCGUCACUACUGACAGCUGGAGCAUCUGGAAGCUGCAGAAAGCCAUUGCUGUCCUGGAGAUGGAGAAUGGCUACUGGUGGUUCAGGAAGAAGAAGGCGCGGGCAGGGGUGAUGCUGACCGUUGGUACCAGGCCAGAUGGCAGACCUGAUGAGCGCUGGUGCUUCAGGGUGGAGGAGGUGAACUGGGCUUCCUGGGAGCAGACGCUGCCUACAGUGUGUGAGGAGCCGUCAGGGGCAGGUGUCACUGGAAGAACCCCACCCUGGCCUCCCUACCUGGCGAGGACAGUGCCUUGGAGGAAGACCGUCUGUCUCUCCAGCCCCUCCAGUCCCACUGAUGGCCCAGAUGUAGCAGGAGGCCAGCAUGACAGAGCAGGGGAUCUUUCCAGCCACACCUGCUGACUCUGGGGCCCCAGUGAAUUUUGAUGGCAAAUAUAAAUUUUUUUUUCACAAACAAA